AAUUAUUUGUAGACUUCUCUUAGAAACUAGUUUUCUGCACAAUGAAUCCGUAAAUUAUUCAUAACAGGGAUCAGGGGUCAUCCUUUGCUUCUUUGAGUGUGCAUUUUUACAUACAAUUUAUGCGGCGUGCGUUGCUUUUCAGCCACUUUGCAUCUCCUAGUUUUCUGUACUUAGCAUUCAAAGGUGUUUUAUGAAAUCCACAAUUUCAUAGGAUACCAAAAUGAGUUGCCCUAAUCGUGUUCUGUUAAUCAGCGGCAAACGAAAAUCGGGCAAAGAUUAUAUUGCCGAAAAACUAUGCACAUUAUUAGAUGGGAAAUGCUGCAUUUUGAGGAUUUCUGAACCGAUCAAAAGUUACUACGCUACUACCCACAAUCUGAGUUUAGAGGCGCUGAUGAGCGAUGGACCUUUGAAGGAGAAGUACAGGAAGAGUAUGACUGAAUGGAGCGAGGAACAGAGAUUCAAGGAUCCGGGAUGCUUUUGCGAGGCCGCAUGUACGAAAGCUGAAGCAAAGGAACUGUGGAUCGUUAGCGAUGUUCGAAGGAAGACGGACAUGGAAUGGUUUAAGAAAACUUACGGCGAAAAGAUUAGGUCGGUCCGCAUCGAAACGGAUUUGGAAACUAGGAAAGAUAGGGGCUGGAAUUUCGUCGAAGGAAUUGACGAUACAAUAGGGGAAUGUGGUUUGGAUGACUAUGACAGCUGGGAUCUGAUGAUUAACAACAACAGCGAUGAUACUUUGAAGGAGAAUUUGCAAAGUCUAGUAAAAUUGAUCGCUAUUUAAUAAAUACUUAAGAUAUUAUAGUAUAGGGAAAUGCUUUAAAUAUGUUUGUUGACGUAUUAUUAGUUUUGUAAAUGCACCUAUUAACUGAUAAAUAAAUGUGCACAUUAUCAUUGUUGGGCAUCACAGUUU